AUGUCCGCCUCAAAACCAACAGCCGCAGACGUCCACAGCGCAAUCAGACUCUUAAUUGACAAUCUCGUAAACAUCAAAGAUGAGACAGGCAAAUUCCCGCUGUAUCUAGAAGACGGGCGCGUGAUCGACACCAAAUCAUGGGCUGGCUGGGAAUGGACGCACGGUAUCGGUUUGUACGGAGUCUGGAAAUACUACGAGAUGACGGGAGACGGAUCUAUGCUGAAAAUCAUCGAAGAUUGGUUUGCAGCUCGAUUUGCCGAAGGAGGGACAACCAAGAAUAUCAACACGAUGGCCCACAUCACCUAUAACGCUGUGAAUUCGCAACAACCAUGGGAUGAUACUUCGAUGAUGACUGUUUUACCAUUAGCCAAGAUCGGAAAACUGCUAGGUCGGCCAGAAUAUGUGGCAGAAGCUAAGAGACAGUUCUUGAUUCAUAUCAAAUACCUAUUUGACCCUCGCACCGGUUUGUUUUUCCAUGGGUGGGAGUUUGAUGAUGCAAAAGGUGGAGGACACAGCUUUGCACAAGCCCGAUGGGCUCGUGGAAACAGUUGGAUCACCAUUGUCAUACCGGAGAUCCUGGAGUUGCUUGAAUUCGAUAUCAAUGAUCCUAUCCGGUUACAUCUGAUUCAUACAUUGGACGCACAAUGCGAAGCUCUAAAAAGAUUCCAACAUCCAUCGGGAUAUUGGCGAACAUUGAUUGAUCAAGCGGACAAGAGUUCAUACGUCGAAGCCUCCGCCACCGCCGGAUUCGCAUACGGCAUGCUCAAGGGUCAACGUAAGCGAUAUAUAGGCAAUCAGUAUCGCGGCACGGCGGAAAAGGCAAUUCAGGCGGUACUGAGUGCGAUUGAUUCGCGUGGAGAGCUUCAAAAUACCAGUUUUGGGACGGCAAUGGGUCAUAGUCUGGAUUUUUAUAGGGAGAUUCCGAUCACCGCAAUGCCGUAUGGACAGGCUAUGGCGAUCAUGGCGUUGGUUGAGUAUUUGAGGACGUAUAGUUAUUUAGCAUGUUGA